AUGGACUUACGCGCAGCUCUUCGCCUGCCAAUUUUCGUGUGCCCCCAAAAUCAAAUUCCGGUAGGAACUGCUUCGACUUAUUUGCACGGCGUAGCACAGAAAGGUGUCAGCGUGUAGUGCGCAAUCUAUAUAUACGUGUUUACGCUUACUAAUUUCCGGUGUGGUAAAACAAGUUCUACCGAACGAGCUUAUUGCUGCGUUUAACGAUAUAAAGCAUUAAAGUUUUGCUAAAUAGAAUUUGUAAAGAGCAGAUUGCUUCUUAUUUCAUGGAAAUAAUACCUUCUUAGCUACCUGCUUUGACCUGAUUCUCAUGAACGCGAAAUCAAAAUUUUUGUCUCCAUACACACCUAUUAUAUACCGUACCACCAACUCCGACACCGAUCUCGCAUUUCAUGAGUUAGGUCAUCUACUGUAAUCUGUCAAGGAAUUGCUCAAGUAGGGUAGUUUGUGAUGGGUGCAAAAAGAACCGGCAUAAUGAUUAAGCAGUAAUGGGAUGGUCACCUAAAAUUUGCCUUUAUUCUUCUCAUGGAACUAGGUAUUCUGUUCUGACAUGGAGACCAGUUAUUUAUCGAAUUGCCUUAAUUGAGUCAGAAUUGACUGUCUAUGAUGGUUUCGAGCUUGCUCGGUUUCGUCUACAAGUGCAGCCUUAGUGCUCCUUUUUUAAUUCGACUUGUCGGAGGAUCUCCUAUUUGUCUGAAUCAUAGGUCAUGCCCAGGAGAUAUGCUUAUCUCCCUCCUCUUCCUUUUUAAAGGCCGCAAAAAACACCUCCACAAUAAACUUGGACAGCCAAAAGGCCAAGUUCGAUGCUAUGGUUGAUGGUAAGUUCACUAUCUUGUCAUUGACUUGCAUUAGUAUCUGAGUGUCUUAUAUGCGUGCAGUGUAAGAUCAGUAUUACACCCGAGCCUUUUUGACGUGUUAGCGCGAAGUUAAGUAACUGUGUUGGUGGUGUUUGUACUAGUAGAAUAGCUAUGUACGCAGCCGACAUAUUUCUUGCGUGCCAGAGAUGUAAUCAUGUGUUUGCCGCUGACGGUUAACAAGCAAGAAAUUUUCAUUUCAGUCUUCCUGGUCUUUGGUAAUGUUAUUCCGCCGACAUAUAUAUGUAUGCAUAUAUAUUGGGUUUGACAGUUCGACCAUCGGUUUUGAUGAUGUCCACCGUGUGCCCCACAGUUGCAGCAGCAAUGAGAGCAGGGACGGUGACUUACGCAGGGGUUUAUAGUGCCGGUAGACUUGCGUAGCAUCUACCUACACUCUCUCCUCCUCCCUCGCCCGAGCCCGGUGUCAAGACAGAGUCAAAAAGACCGGAGACGAGGGAGGCCGCAGGUGGAUGGCUCGGACGGAUCCUCACCUUGGCGUUCCACCACACCCCCUGGUCCACACAACAAAUAACCAGGAUUUCAACCAAUAACAACAGAGAUUUGGAGGCUGGCACGGCCGAAGCCGCACCUGGGCGUGCCGCCAACGCCUUGCUCGGAUCCCACACUGUGAUGGGAGUGCCAUAAAGGCCACAUUAAAAAGGAGCCAUUGCAGCCUGACUCUCAGACCGCCUCCGGUCAAGGAGGAGGUCCAAGUUACCCCGUCAGUUGGCAACCUUCCGAGCCACGGCUUUUAGCGCACCGUGAUAACUUCAAGCGCGUCAGAUUGUUUAUAGUGAGGAGGAAGUGCGCUAAGUCGUCGACCUCACUCUCCCUUCCCACUCCCACACCCCAGCCGCUGUCCAAGCCGGUCAGCAGACUGGAGUGGGGAAUGGGCGCGCUGGCUGUCAUUGUCGACUGACCAUGACUGCGCGCGCCACGGCACGACCUGGCCCUCCAUACACACAAACACCAGGAUUUCACACAACGGGGGUUGAACGGCGCCUCUCUCACUUGCAUGAGAGUGCCGUGGAAGGUGCUGUUUUAGCCCGUCCCCAGCCCACCAGUCCGCCACUACACACAACGCGACGAACUGCGUGAACCGAGAGCGGGCGUCAAUCAGCAACCUUCCUAUCCACGACGCUGGACGUGUCGGGAUAUUCUCGGACUCAAGUCACCCGUGCUGCCGAAGCCGCAUGGGGACCGAGUCGAGAUGCGGACUUCCCACUUGCGUGGGAGGUGGCAGUUGGGUGCAGGAGGUGUGUGAGUGUUGAUUUCUGGUGGGGUGAUGGUGGCGGUGGAGGUCGUCGCACCGCCAAUGAGAUCCUACUGUUUACAUUUCAACACUGUGGUGACCUAAUUGUCGUCCCUAGACUGUGUGCGCGCCUCUUCACUGUGCUGAGCUGACCCGUUUCUCUCUUCCAUUUGCCACCGCUUGCUCUGUCUGCCCAUCCGGCAGCGACACCAACUCUAGUGCUUAGUUAGCGGGUUUCCUUGAGGGCCAGAUGACCUGCCAUGUUCAUGCUACCGUGUGGGAUACCGAACUUUUCUGGAUUUGCCAAAGUUGUUCGUCCUGCUUUUUGAGUGUUCAGCUGACAUCUGCACAUUUAGUGCGCAUUUGUCAGUUAGGAGUGAAACUCGUCUGGUUGAAAUCAAGCAUUGACAUUUGCCCUCAACUGACUGGUGCUUUAGGUCCCAUCAGCUCAGGUCCCACGGUUAGUUUUCUCAUUAUGAACAACCAUGGACACUUCUAAACGCUCACAACAUUCUUUGCGUCUCUGUUAGCUGAAAUGCAAUCCCCUUGAUCCGCUGAGCACUUCACUCUUCUCAAAACACGUAAACAGUCGUGACUUGAAGGUUUGGCAACUGACAGGAUAGCUCAAUCCCACUCACAACUGAAGGGCAGGCAUAAACGACUUCUGAUUUAGUUGACCCAUUUGAACAUGGUCGGCGCGGGAAGAACAAAGUGAGAUAGAUGCAACGCAAAUCUGCCUCACUGUAGCCACACUCACGACUCACAACCGCGUCCCGUCCUAGACAGUGAUAGUUCUCGUUGUUUACGACGGAUGGAAUUAUUAGUGGAUUAGACUGCAGAAACCUUUAUAACAAACUACUAACUCGCCUCAACCACUAGUUCCCGCAACGCACCCCUUUGUUGGAGUAUAUUAUGACACUUGUGCCGGUAGCGCACCAGUAAUUUAUUGACCCAACUUGCUGGAUCCCCGUCAGGGUUUUGGACGAAACAAAGUGCGGAUAAGAAAGCAGUAGUUACCUACUGCGAGGCGGCAAACCGGUUUUAUAGCCGAAAGUAUUCGUGACAAACGAUUUUGGAGGCCCAUUUUGCCUUAUUUAUCACUGUCAGCACACCCUGGGCUACAAGACGUAAUCGAACGGCCAUAUUCUGUCCUGCAUUGGCCUAUUUCUUGGGUGGUUUUUGAAUCGCCAAGGCAAAAGAUGCUAACAAGGUGACAAAGAUGCAUAUAUUCCUAACUGACAUUCUCAGUUAGUUUGACGAUAUAAUAAGAUCAGAGGUCUUUCGAAAACCCAUCCUCCAGUCAAAGAGAAUUCACCCGACUAUGACGUAGAUUUUGAUGCUAGGUGAACGGUCCACCUGGCUUUUUACAAUUAACGGUCGCGCACGGACUCCACGCCUCAAUAUUUAAUUUUCUCUUACAACCCUUUAUGAGUCAAAUACAUGAGUCACUGUAAACAAACUACCUUUAGGCGUUACAUUUCAUGCAGUGUGUAUGUGCGUAUUUGGUUAACUUCGUUACCUAACUUAACAUUAUUCUUUGCAUCUCUGUUAGCUUCACUUUCACGUCUUAUGACAAAACUACGGUGAUUACGUUUGCCUAAGUUUUCUUGUUGGUUGUUUGCAAUAAUUCGCCCACUUGUGCCUGAUAACAAAUUAGCCGUGGCAGCAACAUCGAGACUAGGAAGUCAGGAUAGGAAACCAGCUUGUGCAUCGACGACUCGAGAGUUGGUGCUAAAUCCUUAAUUAUUGUGUCCAUAUUGGUAAGGCUACUGCUUAUGAGCGUCAAUCACGCGUAUACAGGUAGGGGAGAUGUUCCGUCAACUAUUAAGCUUAUUCCUAUACCAAGUGUCGCUUAAAGGCCUAAACUGUAUGAAUGUAAAAACAUACGGCUGACUCCCAGCAGAUUAACUUGUUUAUAAUCCAGUUCUCACGCAGUUUACCUUCCUACAGAAGGGUAGCUCAGAUCGGGAGCGAUGGGCAAAUUACGAAUAUCCUUGGUAGUGCGAUGGAAGUCGAGACCUGCCCAACUCCUUGGAGGAACAGUCACCGCGGAGCUACGCUC